AACAUGAAAACAUAUACAUAAAAAAAUGUUGGUCGGCGCAUGCGCAGUGUCUUAAAGCUAGAUAUCGAUGGGUAGCAAAACUCGACAGCACACACCGGUCUGCUGUGUUUACUGUGUUGAGUGUGUCUGUAGUGUUUACGAGUGAGUUAUUGUUUUGUGGAGGGUCUGUAUGUUUAUAAAUGUGUGUUAUGAGUGAGUUUAUCGCAGUAAACGCUAUUAUGUGGAUGUGAGUGGAGUUUGUUGAAGGUGUGCAGCAGUCUGAGAGAGAGAGGGAGAGAUGGCGGGGUCUCUGCUGGAGUAUGAGACUGAGAUGUUUCUGAGUCUGUUCAGCUCGGACGGGCUGCUGGUUUGUGCUGAAGGUCUGGGGAUUGACCGGAUUCUGUUGCAGUUUAUGAAGGUUUACUCUGAGGAGGGGAGUCUAGUCCUGCUGCUCAACACCACGAUUCCUGAACAGGAAUACUUCACAGAGCAGUUGAGAGCAGAAGGAGUGAGUCAUCUUCCCCAGACCGUGACCAGUGACGUUCAGAGCAGUGAGCGCUACAAUGUCUACACUCAGGGAGGUGUCCUGUUCGUCACCAGCCGCAUCUUGGUUGUCGACUUCCUCACUGACAAGAUCCCUGCACACCUCAUCUCAGGAAUUCUGGUCUACCGUGCUCAUAAGAUCAUUGAGUCCUGCCAAGAGGCCUUCAUUCUCAGACUGUACCGGCAAAAGAACAAGACUGGCUUCAUCAAGGCUUUCACUGACAAGGCCACAGCUUUCUCCACCGGCUUUUGUCAAGUUGAGCGAGUUAUGAGGAACCUUUUUGUGAAGAAACUCUUUCUCUGGCCCAGGUUCCAGGCCUCUGUGAACACGGUGCUGGAAAGACACAAGCCUGAUGUGGUGGAGCUGCACGUGUCUCUGACUCCAGCUAUGAGGACCAUCCAGAGCUCCAUUCUGGAUAUAAUGAAUGCCUGCCUGAAAGAGCUCAAGCGCUACAAUCCAACACUGGAGGCGGAGGACCUCUCUCUUGAGAACACGCUUGGCAAUGCCUUUGAAAAAACGAUUCGGCAUUACCUUGACCCCCUGUGGCAUCAGCUGGGGGUUAAGACCAAAUCUCUGGUGCAGGAUCUGAAGAUUCUACGCACCCUGCUGCUCUACCUCACCCAAUACGACUGUGUCACAUUCCUCAACCUGCUCGAGUCCCUGCGCUCCAGCCAGAAGAACUUUGGCAGUAACUCAGGGUGGCUGUUCCUGGACUCGAGCACUUCUAUGUUUGUGAAUGCCCGCAGCCGCGUGUAUCGCAUUCCGGAGUCAAAAAAGAAGCUUAAAGUGGGUGAAGUGGACCAGAAAACAAGUGCCUCCGCCCCUUUGAAAAGAGAGCUUGUGCUGGAGAAAAACCCAAAGUGGGAAGCUUUGACAGAAGUUCUCCAAGAAAUCGAGAAGGAAAACAGCAGCUCUGAACAUGAACCAGGUCGUGUGCUGAUAUGUGCUAGUGAUGACCGGACGUGUGCUCAGCUAAAGGAGUAUAUUCAGAGUGGAGCAGACGCUCUACUCAGUCGUCUUUACUUUCGCACAAUUGGGAAAGAUGAGCCUCCACCAGCACUAGAUAAAGCUAAAACAGGUAGCGGCUGGUCCAGGAAGGAUGCUGGGAAAUCCUCUAAAGGCAAAAAGCCGAAAGCCAAACCUGCCAAACCCAAAGCAAAGAAACAGAGAGCGUCCCUGACCCUCACGCAAAUGGUGGGGCAUGAAAAAGACGGUGAAAUGGAACAGAUGGGCAGCAGUGGGGAUGAGGGAGGACCUGAAGACAUGGAGGAGGAAGAGGCAGAAGAGGAAGAAGAAAUACUUCUGAAUCUUUCCUCAGAUUUCUACUACGGCAUUCUGAAGGAGCCCUUGACCGUUAUUCAUCCACUGAAAGGGUGCACUGACCCGUACAGUCUGACACGAGUGCUGCAGGAAGUGGAGCCCAUGUUUGUGGUGCUGUAUGAUGCUGAGCUCAGCUUUGUGCGCCAGCUGGAGGUUUACAAAGCCAGCAGGCCAGGAAAACCUCUCAGGGUGUAUUUUCUCAUCUAUGGUGGCUCAACAGAAGAGCAGAAGUAUCUGACAGCCCUGUGUAAAGAGAAACAAGCAUUCGAACAUCUGAUAAGGGAAAAGGCCACAAUGGUGGUUCCAGAGGAAAGAGAAGGCAGAGAGGACACAAACCUGGACCUGGUCCGCAACCCAGAACCUGCUAAUGCUACCACCAACACUCGCAAAGCAGGUGGACAGGAGGUGGUGAAGGAGCCGUCUCGAGUUAUCGUUGAUAUGAGGGAGUUCCGCAGCGAGCUCCCGUCACUGCUGCACCGGCGAGGGCUGGAUAUCGAGCCCGUAACGCUGGAGGUGGGUGAUUACAUCCUAACAUCUGAGAUCUGCGUGGAAAGAAAAAGUGUGAGCGACCUGAUUGGCUCGCUGCAGAGCGGUCGCCUGUACACUCAGUGCCUCUCAAUGAACCGCUACUACCGCAGACCCGUGCUACUCAUCGAGUUUGAUCCGGCCAAGCCUUUCUCUCUGGUAGCUCGCAGCGACCUGCGGCAGGAGAUUUCAGCCAAUGACAUCACCUCCAAACUGACCCUCCUCACCCUGCAUUUCCCCCGCCUCAGACUGCUGUGGUGUCCCUCCCCGCACGCCACUGCGGAGCUCUUUCAGGAGCUGAAGCGUGGCCGUCCUGAACCAGACGCCGAAGUCGCCCAGGCCAUCACAGCAGAGUCGGACACGGUGGAGGAAUCUGCUGAUCUUUACAACCCCGGGCCUUAUGACCUGCUGCUGCGCAUGCCCGGAGUCAAUGUCAAAAACUUCAGGGGGCUCAUCAAACACGCAGCCAGCCUGGCUGAGCUGCUCACUCUGAGCCAGGAGAAGCUUACUGACAUUCUGGGCAGCAGCAGCAAUGCCAGGCAACUGUACGAGUUCUUACACAACACCAUGGAUGUAGCUUCAGUUCAGAAGAACAAGAACACUUCAAAGUGACAAAACGAGGACAGUCAUGUAAUCUAAAACCUGUGUCAGGCCUUCAUACAUGAAUUGUGCCUUAGAGGAGAACUGAAGAGGACUUGGAUUAUUGUGAAAUGUAAUAACGAGUAUGAACUUUUAUUGAAUAGCCCACCUUCAUCCACCCUCUAGCAUUCUGCAAUACAGCACUUUUAGCUGGGGCUCCCAACAGGCUUACAAUGCUAGUGAUAGGGACAUAGCAUUGUAUAUGCAAAGAAAUCACUAUUUUUACACCAUUAACAAGCUCAAAGUAGCUCCACACUUCAUUGGUACAAUACAAUUAAUUUUGCGAUCUAUUCAUUUUAAGAUAGGAGAGCAGAAGAAUCAUCUCAAGGUACUGUGUGUGUGUGUAUAAACAGUCUUAUUUAAUAAAGUACUUGUGCACUUUCAAAGUUCUCAGUGCCACUUUUUUAAUGUCAGGGCCCUUAGAAUUCUACCACUGAAGUGUGAGCUUGUUAAAGGUGUAAAAAUAGUGAUUUCUCAGCAUGGGUAAUGCUAUGCCUCUAUCACUAGCAUUGUAAGCCUGUUGGAAGCACCUGCUGAAAGCGCUGUAUUUUGGAAUGCUGGGGGUGAAUGGAGGUGGGUUAUUCAACAAAGUUUGUACAUGAUAUAAUGUUUCAAUACACCAUUUUACACCAUAUUUCUCCUUUAAAUUAAGUAUGAAUCUAAUAUUGUUUUCAUAAAUGUGCUUUUUUUAA